CUUAUUUUACUCCAACUUCGGCGCUCGUUUGGCUUCAAUGAGAUGGAGAUCGUCACUGUAAUAUGGUGUAUAUAACUACACAAAGCAGCUAAAAUUUAAUUCCGGCUUUGGUGGAAAUAGUGGCGAUAUGCAAGAGAAACACUUAAACUGUACAAAACUACGAAAGUUCCUUCCUCAGUGUUAUUACGUAGAGAACCGCAAUGCAUUCUUAUCACUGAUGAUUAUUUCAUACAAACGUUGAAAAGAAACUAGGCGUAAAAGGACGCAUGGAAUCUUUUGAAUAGUUGGAAUAUAACUAGCGAAAUACAUUUGAAUUAACAAAUUCGAAAUUGCUUUUAAUACACUUUUACUUGCAUACAUUAAUUAAAAAAGGAAACAAAACACAGAGGUUACUCUGAUGGUCAAUUUAAAAAAGUUCGCCCCGAUUCCCGAGUUUUCAAAGAAAGAGCAAUCUAACUAUGAAUACGAAAAGGACGAGUAUCCUGCCCUGCUCGAGAGGUUGAUGGCCUGUUUGGAUAGUGUCAUUAAUGACGACUACAAUGCUUAUAAGGCAACACUAGAGGAAAACUCUGUAGAAAUGCAUGCUCUAGAUGCCUCACAAUAUUUUUACAUUGCUCUUUUGGAACUCCAGCCCCAUGUAAUUCAUCAAGCUCGAGAUACCAUUGAACGUUCUGAACAUGUGUAUGAAGAUUUACGAGGUACAGUUGAAAAUUCAAAUGACAACAUUGGAAAUUAUCCUCCAGGGAUGGAACUCCAGGUCUUUUCUUCUACACUUUCCUUGAUGGAUACCAUUUUAGGAUUUCUGGGUGGAUCGCUCUUAGAUUCUAUGAAAGCGACCUAUCGAUUACGCACAACGUACAAUUCAUUCAUGAAGUUGCUGGAAAAUGUAAGAAAAGUACAACAAGAAAAAGAUUCCGGCAUGAUAACUGUUAACGCGGGUAAUGCCGCUUUUGUAGACGAGAUUGUGGAGUCUGGUUCUAUGGCAGGAUACGGCAUUCUCAACUUUCUAGUAUCAAUGUUUCCGCCUUCUUAUUCUCGAAUAAUAUCUUUUAUAUGCUUUAACCCUAGUAGGAAGGAGGCUCUAGAGGGACUGUGGAAAUCCUCAAUGUAUAAUAAUGUACUAGGAGCGAUUUCUCUGGUUACACUUUUCACUUUCUAUGGAAUGAUACAAUCCAUUGCGAGUAUAUCACUUUUCAAUCUCGGGGCUGAGCUGAAUCAACUUGAAAAUUUUAUCCAGAGGUUUAAAGCACGAUACAAUAAAAGUGUGUUAUGGCAAGCAAUGGAACUAAAGAUCUCAUUGCUGACUGGAAACCCUGAAAAGGCUAUCAAUAUUGGAAACCAAACGAUAACUACUUCAGCUGACCAGCUAAUAAAUUUAAAAAGCUUUGAUAUGGCAAUGGCUUAUGUUUGUGUCCGUGACUUUAAAAACGCCUCGAAACAGUUUCUGAUAUUAGAGGAGAAGAACUCUUGGUUUCGGGGAAUGAAUCGGUUUUUUGCUGGUUGCUGCAUGCUCCAACACGCAAAAGAAUUGGAAAAAAUAAAAAAUGCAGAUCGUGAUGAGUACAUUGCGUUUGUAGAAGACGGUGAGAAUCUUUUAGUUAACGCACUGUCUUGUCUGCAAGAAAAAGAAAAAAAGAGUUUACUACCAAUGGAGAAAUUCUCAAUUCGUAAAGUUCUGAAAUGGAAGGGAAAAGCUAAAGCAGAAAAAAAAACACUACUUCAGGUUAUAAGCGUUCCUCCUUAUAUACAAUUUUUGUAUUCCUUUGUAGUUUGUACUUUGGGAUUCAAGGGAUAUGCUGCAAGCUAUAAGCAAGAUCUACUGGAAAGCGAAUGUCAUGAUGAAGCGGAUCUAGCUUUACGAGAUUUAUUGCUUGCAGUUAUAGACAGGAUGCAAAAUGAACAUGAGUCAUCGAAAGCCCGUUUGACUGGAAUACUGCAGUUGAAUCAAAAUGUUUUAUUCCAGGAAGAUAAGGAUUUUUGGGUCAUCCCAUACGCAUAUUAUGAGCUUGCUGCUUCCAAUUGGUUCAUGUAUGGAAUGAAAGCAGAGGGGGAAGUCAGGCACCUAGUAAAAAAGGCAGAGUCGUUUCAGGGUUACGAUUUAGAGGAGCGAAUGGGUAUUCUUGCGAAAAUCGCUUACCAAACAUUAGAUUCCGCCGAUUAGUUUUGGUGAACCAAAAAAAAAAAACUAUAUACCAACUCGAUUACAGACAUACUAGGUAGUCGAUCUGAGAAGUUCCUUCAUCAAGAACUUGAAGCGAUUUGUUUUGGACCAAUGUUUUACCAUGUAUCCCAGUUAACGAGAAUCAUCACUUUCAUACAGUUUUGAAAAAGUAACGAAAUGUAUUAUAUGGCUGGAAGGACUCUGGUUAACAGUUCAAAGAAAAACUCUAUUGUUGCUUAUUACUAAAAUAUAUACCCAAAAGAAUGGUAUAUAUAUAACAUAUUACUCUUUUUAUACUUGCUCUUGCUGCUUACUAUAGGAGAACUACUACGAAGGUCCUGACUAAAAAAAUGGUUGUACCUCUGUAAUAAUCAGUGAAGGAAUAUUUCUGUGAGAGAUAUUAAUUACGAAUGAGUUUUAAAUAAAAUGGGUAUUGAAAAUUUUGCUAGGAGUGCUGAAAGAUCU